GGUUAGGCUUUUACAGACGUCACUAUAAAAAUCCCUACUAAGGCUCCUCCCCCAACUCGAAUCGUUGCUGUUGUUCAGAAGAUACAAAGUUACAACAGGUUACCCGGUUGCUGUAACGAUGGUGGUUCUCUCCAAAGAGUAUGGCUACGUGGUGCUGACUGGCACGGCCAGCUUCGUCAUGGUGAUGCACCUCGCUGUGAACGUGGGCAGAGCGCGCAAGAAGUACAACGUGCCGUACCCCAAGAUGUACCUUGAGGACGGUGAGAACAGUAACCUCUUCAACUGCAUUCAGCGAGCGCACCAGAACACACUGGAGAGCUAUGCUCCUUUCCUGUUCUUCCUGGCGAUCGGAGGAAUCCAGCAUCCUCGAGUGGCUAGUUCUCUGGGGAUGGCCUGGGUGAUCGGCAGAGAGCUGUAUGCCUACGGGUACUACACUGGAGAUCCCCAGAAGAGGGUGAGAGGUGCUGUCUCGUCGCUGGCUAUUGUGGGGCUCGUGGGGACGGCUCUGAGCUUUGCGAAGAAUCUCCUUGGCUGGCCGCCGUGUUGCCAUCACUGAGCAGCAAGCCUGUAGGCAGCAGAGCCCUGUGUGCAUGGAGGGGUGAUGGCUAAACUCCCCGGCCUCCCAUUCUCUCUCGACCCUGGCUUGCUGACUAGGCUUUUUGAUUACAGGAGAUCUCCAUGGCAGUUAUAUCUCUUCCCUUGCCAAACUUGUCACAGAGCUGUCUGGUGUGGACGGAUUUGUAACGAUGUGUAUGUUUAGUGCCUGGCUCUAGCAAACUCUGUCUGGUUCAUCUGCCUGCUGUUUUGUCUCACUGUUUGGCACAUCUGCAGUGGAUUACCCUGAUGUAGUUGAGAUGGCUAGUACAGCUUUUACUACACCUCUCUAACCCUGUACUGCACAUAUACACAGCGAUGCCAGUCAGACAAAUGAACCUGAUUAAAACAGAAACGCAACAGACUAUGCAAAAGUCAAGCACCAAGUCCUCCAAGAUUUACACACUAUAAAUAGAAUCCCUGAUCUCAAUUAUCUCACCCUUGACCACCACAGGUGUGUUUGAAUUCUUAAGAACCCGAAUUGGGAACGUUAGAGUGUCCCAAUGUGAAUGGGAAUGUGGUGGGAGGGGGUUGAGUGACAAUGCAGGUGAGGUUGGGGCUGGUUUUCCUGCUGGAGUUUUGUAUUAAAAUAUAAUUUUAUAAACUGAAACCUGUGCCUGUUUAAUAAAAGUGGCAUCCUUACUGUU